AUGCUUGUGACGCUGCCUCUACCCCCGGAUGCUGCCCGGCACCUCCCUGAAAAGAUGGUGUAUUACUUCCAAUGGUUUGCCUUCUGGUCCUUUUCAGCUCUUCUUGUUGGACCAUGGCUCUUUUGCGUGUACGGACUUACGACAAACUCUCUGGGAAGGACAAAAAGAAUCAAGCAGGUUCUCGAUGAUCGAACGGCCCCAAAAACGGUCAUCGUGAUGCCUGUGUACAAGGAAAAGGCGGAAGUUUUGAUCAAAGCAGUUGAUUCGGUGGUGGACUCCGACUACCCAGCAUACUGUAUCCAUGUCUUUCUCUCCUAUGACGGUGGGAUAGUGGAUGAGUCCUAUCUUGAUGUGGUCCACCAUCUGGGAGUUCCAUAUUCAGCCGAAACAUAUCCUUCAAGUAUCGAUCUCACCUACAAAGGGGCAAGGAUCACAGUAUCUCGGUUCAAACACGGUGGAAAGCGACAAUGCCAAAAGCAAACUUUCAAGCUGAUCGACAAGGUCUACGCCGAGUACUUGAGACAGAAUGACAACCUGUUUCUUCUGUUCAUCGAUUCGGACUGCAUUCUCGAUCGCGUGUGCCUGCAGAAUUUCAUGUACGAUAUGGAACUCAAGCCUGGGAGCAAGCAUAACAUGCUCGCCAUGACGGGCAUCAUAACCUCCACCACGGAAAGGAACACCCUUCUCACGAUUCUCCAGGACAUGGAAUAUAUCCAUGGGCAGCUCUUUGAGCGCUCGGUCGAGUCCGGCUGUGGCGCUGUCACUUGUCUCCCAGGUGCGCUGACGAUUUUGCGGUUCUCGGCAUUUCGCAAGAUGGCCAAGUAUUACUUUGCCGACAAAGCUGAACAAUGUGAUGACAUUUUUGAUUUUGCAAAAUGUCAUCUGGGCGAGGAUCGGUGGCUCACUCAUCUCUUCAUGAUCGGGGCCAAAGAACGGUACCAAAUCCAGAUGUGUACGAGUGCCUUUUGCAAGACCGAAGCCGUCAAGACUUUCAGAAGUCUUCUGAAGCAGCGACGACGGUGGUUUCUGGGGUUUAUCACGAAUGAAGUGUGCAUGAUCACCGAUGUACGGCUAUGGAAACGUUACCCUCUGCUGUGUCUGGUUCGUUUCCUACAGAAUACCAUCCGAACCACUGCCCUACUCUUUUUCAUCAUGGCCAUCUCCCUGAUUACCACAUCGAAGAAGGUGGAUGAUCUUCCCGUCGGAUUUAUCGGGGUCUCGCUCGGACUCAAUUAUCUACUGAUGUUCUAUUUCGGAGCCAGACUCAAGCGAUUCAAGGCUUGGUUAUAUCCCCUCAUGUUCAUCCUCAACCCUUUCUUCAACUGGGUGUACAUGAUGUAUGGAAUCUUCACUGCGGGGCAUCGUACCUGGGGUGGACCUCGAGCGGAUGCUGCCACAGCAGAUGAGCAUACCACACCGGGGGAAGCCGUGGAGAUGGCUAGGGCACAGGGCGAUGAGUUCAACGUCAAUGUCGAAACCUUUCGCACGAGUCUCGUGCGUCGCAGAUCUGUUCCUGUUCGGCCCUCGGGCAAUGUGGAAGGACGGUUUGCACCCGCGGAGCAGCUUCUGGACGGUUGUUAUGUCAAUUUCAAUGACACGGGGGCUGGUCUUAGCCCAAUGCCGACUCCGCUGCCAGAUGUUCCUCGAUUCCAUCUUCCUACGUGCUUCCGCUACUCGACAGACUCGGUGUUCAGCGCGUCGUCGGAAUUUGGCUCCAAUUCGGUCUCGAUGCCACAGAAUGUGGAGACUCUGAUGUGCGAGGAAGACCAGAAGAAGCUGUACUAUGCGCGUCACGCCCGGGCAUCAGCCGGCUCGCCGAUGAUUGAAGACAGUCCAGAAAAGCUCGUCGACCCUGACUUCCACAACGCGGUGCCGAUUACAUUCGAGCCUGCCAUGGCUACCCCAGAAACACUCAGCUUCCCAACUGCAGCAAUUCCAAUGGACCGCUACCCUGUUCAUACCCCAUCCCAGCGCGUUCUACCCGAAAAUGUUGCCGGCUCGCAAGGGCGGCGAGGGAGGCUACACAAGAAGUUGCGAAGAGCAUCCGGCAAGCAUGCCCCACCAGAUGAGGUCUAA